UGCUGAACGAACCAUGUCGGAGAGCAUCGUGAGGAAAAUCCAGCCGUUCACCAUCGGGACCAAACUCUCGGCGCCAGCCGUGCCAAAGUGCUCAGACUUUCCCGAUGGCUUUCUUCCAGACCGGACGUUUUCGGAUAACUGCACAAUGAGGCACCUGAACGAACAGGUGUCUCUUUAUCUCGGCCGCGACAGACACUGCAGACCCGCGGCGAAGCAUCGACGCGAAGAGAUGUCCGACGACCACCUGAACCGAAACACAGUCUCCCCACCGAACGCUGCGUCCAGAUCCAUCCGUAAGAUCACCAUCUCCAGCCGAAUGGAGGCUGCAAAAGACAGACUGACUCCAGGGAUGGAGCUGAAGAAAAUAAGAGCAAAUUCUGAGAAUAUUAAUAACAAUAACAACAUCACAACCUCCAACACACAGCUGCCUAAAAUAGUGGGUGUCAGCUGUGAGAAUAAACCCAGCUCACAGUUUAAGGUGUUGCUGUGUAAAGAUGGUGAAAAGCAGUGCGGUGGUGACCGAGAGAAAUUCACUCCUCCACAGACCCAGAUACUCAAAACCCAAGCGAGAAAGGACGUGGUGGACAGUCCCUCCUGCGAGCACAAAGACAUGUGCCUGGCUUCAAAAGUCUCAUUGGUGCAAAGUGACCAGAGUUUUACCCAUCAAAACACCAUCUUCAAUAAGGAGAUCACUCAGGCUGAGACGUGGAUCAGAGCGAAGCUGCGGGACCUGAGGGACGCCAGUAACGUCCACAGAUGUCCUCUGACCGACUGGGAGGAAGUUUGUCAAACCCUCCAGAGAGAUUUGAAGGACUUUGAGAACACCAUCAUUCAACUCAACCAGAUGGGAGAGCAAUUAAUGUGCAAGCUUAACCCGACGUCUGACCUGGUGAAGAAACAUCUGGCUCAGAUCCGCGACCAAUGGAACGCGCUCAAACAGACGGCAGCCAAUCAAAUCAAGGUGAUGGGCGGGGCUAAGGCUCUCCAGGAGUUUAAUAAGAAGGUGGACCGUCUGGAGGCGUGGAUCAAAGCGAAGGAGCAGGAACAAUCGCUGGCCAACAUCCUUGGGGAAAACACUGACAAGAUGCAGCUUACCAGGAAGAUACUGGAUUUGAAACAGGAUGAGCAGCUAUAUCAUAAUCUUCAUGAGGAGAUCAAUCAUAUGGCCCUCAGACUGGAAAAACAGGGAAAGACUGAAGGAAAGACCAUCUCAACCCGCAGGAAACAUAUCAACAAAAUGUGGCUGAAGGCCCAGUCGCACCUGAAAGAAUAUCAGGAGAAUCUCCAGCUCGCCCUCGAAGUCUCGUCCUUCUACCAGCAGGCCGAUAACAUUGUCUGUUCCAUCGACAACAUGAGAAAAAGCCUCUCUGCGAGCAACGGAGUGGAAAACGCCAGAGACGGGGAAAUCCGGGACGUUGCCAGUCAAAUCAUGAUGCUGGAUGUGAGCGUUUCCCAGCUCUCCAACCUGCACCCGGCGCUGGCGGCCCGCGUCGCACAGAAGCAGAGCGAGGUGAAAGACUGCUGGGCCGUCCUCCAGAAGACUCUCAGGAACGAAAAGGCAGCUCAACUCCCCUCCACCUCCUCGUUAACCAGGGACAGCAGUGACCCUGAAACCCGGAGCAGCGUGGGAACAGACCCACACAGAAUUAUGGGAAAGGAGGUUAAAGAGGAGCAAAAUCGUCUGAAGGGGUUUACGGCCGGGAGAGACGCCGAGCGCUACGGGAAGCCCGCAGACAGCCGGGAUGCCUGUGCCAGCGAUGUCCCCCUCAAACUCCACACAGCCACUGAAAGUGGGAACGCGUCGAGGCCCGAGUCCAGCGGCCACACACCGCUCCACACGCAACUCCAGAAGUUCACCGUUUCUGCAGACAAGACUCUCUCCUGGCUCAAAGACAGCGUUGCGAUGGCCACUCAGAUCUGCAGUUUGGCCGGGCCGAACGGUUUUACAGCAGCCAAGAGGCACCAGGCCUCACUGGAACAGGAUAUCCUGUCCAACAGAGCCAGGAUAGAGCUGGUCAAGAAGGAGGGUUACAGUCUGGUGAGGGCUCAGCAUCCGGGCAGCAUCAAGAUCCAGGAGUUUCUGAGUCAGCUGAAGGUUCUGUGGGACGAGCUGAAGAGAAGACAUGAGAGGAACGGUCUGGUCCUGAAGGUCUCAGAGGAGCUCAACUACAGGGUGGUGCGGAUGCUGCAGUCUCUGGCCAGUCUGGAGGCAUGGUUAGAGGCGGUGGAGCUGUCCAUCAGGCAGGCAUCUCUGGCUGGAGACCCCGAGUCCGUGAGCGUGGCGGAGCAAGAGAGCUGCCAGCUGGAGCAGGAGCUGGAGGCCAGACGUCUGGAGCUGCAGACCCUCAGACAGGAAGUAGAUCAUCUGAGCAGUCAAAGACAUCUUCACACUCAGCUGCUUCCUGCACGGCUGAAGGACGUGGAGAAGAAGUUCAGCAGUGUGCAGAUGGCACUGACCCAGCAGAGCUCAGAGCUGCAGGACACGCGGAUGCUCACGGAGUUCCUGGAGAAGCUGGAGCUCGAGGAAAGUCACUACAGCAAUCCGCUGUGCAGUGAGCUUGACUCUGGACCGUCUCUUCUGGGCUUGCCGGUGAGAGGACAUGAUGAGCCCCUGAUGGAAGCCAUUGGGAACCCUGUGAAGGAGCUCAGAGAAGCUGUUGAGAUGCUCAAUGACACGGCGCGGGAGAGGGGCCGCUCGCAGUCACAUGACCAGAGCAUCCAGGAACUGCUCACCAGGCAUGCCAUGGUGUCAGCGCGCGUGGAGCAGUGUCUGCAGCGCUGUGCCGAACUCGCCGUAGAUGUGCUGGAGAUGGAGAGUGAGAUGGCUGUGAGAUGUGAGCCGGAUCGCUGCGGUCUGGAUGACCUGCAGGAGUACCAGGACCAGCUGGAGGCUGAAUACGGGGUCUUGAAGGAGGAGGUGGAGGCCAUGGUGAGUCUGGCGAGCCGUUUGUCAGACGUGUGUCCGGAGAGGAUGAACGCUGUAGGGACUGAGAUUCAGACCAGCCUGAACGCCUGGGACGAGCUCGGCAAAAGUGUGGACAAAAACAAGAAGAGACUCCUGCAGUUUGGACACCUGCGCCAUUUCUUUAGGAACUAUCUGGCAAUGAUCUCUUGGACAGAAGACACCCGCUCCUGCAUUUUCUCAGAAAGUGCUCUGCGUCAAAGCCGAGAGAACCAGGAGCCUCUGGUUGAGGUUCUGGAUCGGCAGAUAGAGCAGAAGUUUGAGGAGUUUGAUCAGCUCGCUGUGGCUGGAAAAAAACUCUUUGACGACGAGCAUCACCUCAGCAAAAUGAUCAGAGAGAGGAUGGAGGAGCUGAGGAGCAUGCUGGGAUGGAUCCUGGUCCACUGGAGGGCUCAGAAGGAUCAGCUGUUGAGCAGACAGAAGGCUGAAGAAGCUCAGACAGACGCUAUUUACUCUGAGGCCACGGUCUGCAGCCUGCAAACACAGGUGGAAACCUCACCCGAGGCUUCUCAGAAGGGAACAGAAAGCCUCACAAGUGCUCCCCCUGGUGACAUGGAGGACAGUUUGCAGCACAAUUAUGAAUAUGAGGUGAUGAAGAGUGUCAGUCCUAAAGGAAGCGAUGAUAGCGGUCAUUUAAAAAGGCCGAACUCGCCGUACCUGGUGCUGAAGGAACCCAGUCCUUCAGCUUUAGGAGGCACUGUCAAUCUCAUCCUCAGCUUCAGUAACUCUGGAGACACACAAAUCCAGGUACAAGCGCCCAGCAGGGAAGGUGGCGUGCCGGUGCUCGAACCUGUGCACAGGCCUGCUGAGUCUCACACUUCUGCCUGUAAAAGUUUUUGGAAGCGCUGCCAGGGGAUUUUUGGUAGUUUAAAGCAAAAGAAAAAGAUUUAUCGACACAGUGCAGAAGAGGUAAGUACUUACUUGCAUGUUACAGAAAACAGCACGGCAGUGUAUGAGAGUAUGACGCUUCCCCAAGACAAAGACCCGAGGCCCUCUUCCUCCUCUCCCAGUACCUCCCUGUAUGCUUUCUCCUCCCCUUGCACCUCCCCAUACUCCUCGUCCUCCAUUGAAGACACCCUUCAGCAGACCAACAACCUCCUGCCAAAGAACAGCAACAUCUCAAUCUUUAGCAGCCUGAAGAGGAAGAGCAAGAAGGCGAAGAAGAAGAAAGAUGACCGUAGACACACCAUUCAGAAGAUCAUGGGAGAGGAGCUGUCGGAGGAGGCUGGGUUGCCACCUGUAUGUGAACCGGUGACAUACGAUACACAUACUUGGCCCCUGAAGGAAAGGAAGAAGCGGAAAAAUGCAAGGAAACCAAACAGCGAUGGGGCUCCGGUCUUGGACUACAUAAAGAACCCUUUAGUGAAAGACAUAGAUGCAGAAUGUCCUGGAGAGGUUGGAUUUCCAGUUCACCAUACCUUAGAGGUUGCCACCCAAGGAUAUGUGAAGAACCACUGCAGAUUUCUGUCCUUGGGCUCUGUGUUAAGCUUUGACCUGCCCAAGGAUAUGAGCCUCAUCUCUAGCAUUCAAGAUGUCAUCACAAUUGGCCCUCCUGAGCAAAAAAAGACAGACUCUUAUCACCAGGACUCUCAGGUUGAUCGUCCGACAGCUCUGAGCACCUUUAAAACAGCCCGCUCACCUCCAACACAAAAAGAAGAACUCAAACAAAUUUCCCCAGGUGAAGUAACCCUCAAGAUUGAUUGUAAAGACUCCAAAAAGAUCAGCAUUGACACUGUAUCAUUUACUAAAGAUGAAUUUCCUCCUACACCUUCUCCUGUUGUUGAAGACAUCUCAUUUGAGGAGAAUCGUCCCUCAUCACUCAGUGAUCUGACCAAUAUCCAACAGAAACACCUGUCUGGGAUCAGUAUAGUGCCUAAAGAAGAGGUGGUUAGUUGGGGAGCUAAUGAAACUCAACUUGACAGCAAAGAGAACUACUAUGUAAGCCCACCAGAAGAUGCAAGCCAAGGGAUAGUCAACCACAGCUCAACUAUGGCAGAGAUUCAUGUAUGUCCUAGUGUCCAUACCAUGGUUCACAAUCUUAAUGGACACGUGUACCAUAGGCCAGCGAAAUCCUCCAGCACUCAACAGUUAAGUCCCAGUCAUGCAUCUCAUGUGGUGUUGAACUUCAGAGCCAAUGGAAGAGAGGACUCAGUGGACUCUGGUCACUCCAGCUCUGGAAGCUUCAAGUUAUGUGCUGAGGGUCCGUACAUAGACUCCUCAGAUUGUCCAGUGCCUCAGAGGACCUUUGGGAAGGUACCAUCCCUGGAUGCAGGAGUCUCCAACAAGAACUUAGAGUUCUCCAAGGACAAGAGCAUUACCUUAUCUAUCGACGUUGAUGAUCCAGUUCAUCCUGACCAUCAACAGUUUGAGCAGGAAGAGGAGGAGCUGGAGGACAUCUGGAACCACACCAACCGCUACCGAGAGAGUCUUAACUCUGACAUCAUGUAUAAUGGCUACCAGGCCACCUCUUCUCCAGACCGGCACAGGGAACCCUCACCCAAAGAACAAGCAGUGCUCUUCAGGAAGUUGGUCACGGCCUCUGCACCCAACCUUCUUGUGGCGGAGUUCAGACUGCCACCAUCCAUCCAGACUAUGGUGGGUUCUGGGAAGCAGCAGAACCCAAGGAAAGAGAGGAAAAUUCUGGACAAAGGGGACAGGAGGUCUUGGGCUGCGUUCACACAACAGGAACAAGUUUACAAACAGGUGGCUGUUAAUGAAACUGCUUCAGAUAUGGUGAAACUACCAGAAAUAGAGGACCAGCAAAAGUAUAUCUACCAUUAUAAAGAGGAGGAGGAGGAGGAAGAGAAGGAGGAGAAGGAAACAGGGUUUCUGAAGGACCAGUCCAUGAGCCUCCUGUCUGUUCAUAUGGGAUUGGAUGGGACCAAUGACAAUGAUAUCCAGAGUGGAAGACAAGAACUGGAACUGCCGUCUAUGGAAGGUACACUGGAGAGGAAACACAAACUACAACUGGGUGGAAAGAAGGCACCAUGCAGGGUGUGGAACUCCUAUCAUGCUGUGCUGUACAAACAAACAAUAUGUUUCUAUAAGGACAGGAAAGAUACACUCAAGAGCUGUGUGACCAGCCUUCCUCUGAACCUAAUUGGAGCGGUGUGUGAACCGUCACCAGAGUACACCAAAAAACCCAACUGCUUCUGCUUGAGAUUACGUGAUGGAUCUGAGUAUCUCCUCAGUGCACCGUCCCGAUUUAUGAUGAAGAAAUGGAUCCUCAGAAUCCAAGCACACACUGCGUCUAGCGAUUCCGUAGUGAACAGAUCAACAUGUCAUGGGUCUUCAGCUUCAGCAACGCUCCCUAGACAUUCUCCUGCUAUCACCGGCUGUCAGUGUGGAGAUAAAUGCCACUGCUCCAUGAGAAAUUAUGUCACCACCACUGUUUUAGCACAGAGUCAGCCCGCCUCAGGCCGAACCAAAGAGAUCAUAGUCCACACCAGUGACGGACUGCAGAUCCACCAAAGGCAUCAGGAUCUGUUGCUCCUCUCGUUCUCAGAUGCAGGUCAUUGUGAGGAUGAGUUUGACUCUCAUGGCGAGUUUCGGAGACAGAAUCUGUCCUCUAUGUCCACCGUUCAGGGCUGGACCAGCGAAAAGAGACGCUCACACUCCUUUACCUCAGCCACAUAUCAGAGGAUCAAGCCUGUAGCGCCCCCUUCAGGCAAAGGCCAGGACAGCAGCUCCAGCUACUCGGUGACUUUAUUCAUCAGAGAUGGUGAGAUGCCGUCAGUCUGUAAAAGCACAGCGACGGCCCCGACAAACGGUGUCUGGCAAGAGUCCAUCUCCGAUCUGCCCAUUAAGAGCUACAUGAGCCUCCCGCGACCGCCCAACAAAUCCGUCUUCAGGAAGUUCUUUGGGAAAAAGGAGUGACGGACACUUUGUGACACUGCUGGUCAAAGACCCUGACUGACAUGUGCAGGACACAAGUUACAAUUUUUCUUACAUUUAUUUAUGGAUAUGAUGGCAAGAACCAUUUUUGUAUACUUUUAAAUGAGAUCUUGUAUGAUUGUGUUGCUGCGAGAUAAGUGGAAAAUUCACUCCUUCAACUUCUCACUUUAUCAGCCGUUUUGAUAUCGGGCUCAAAUGGACGAUUUAGUCAAAAAUGAAAAUCAUGUAAUUUACCCUCAUGUUGUUCCAAACACAUAUGACUCUUUCUUUCAUGGAAUGCAUUUAGCAGCAAUUUUAUCCAAAGCAAAUUACAAAGAGAACAAAAGCAAUUUUAUCACAGAGCCAACAAUAUUCGCAAUAUGCAAUGCCAUUAGACAACUAUAGGAAGCAUGCUAGCGAAGAGGAGAAAUGCAGAGAAGAAGAAAACUGAAAUAUUUAAAGAACAAUGAAGUCUGUCAAGCUCCAAAAACACACCACAAAUCUAUCAUAACUAUUAUGCAUAUGACUUGUCCGCUAUAUUUCAAUUGCUUUGAAGUCAUAAAACAGCUUAUUGUGAGAAACGGACCCAAAUUUAUGUCAUUACUCUCUAACCAAACAUUUUAAUCAAACCUGAUUGAUGACUGUGGGUCAAAAGUAAAUGCAUUAUA